AUGUCACCAUUGAAAUGGAAUUACAAUCUGGCUGCACAAGCACAAAAAUUGGCGAACAAAUGCAUCUUGCAACACGACAAACGUCAUUCGGAUGAAUUCUCUUGGGUUGGACAAAAUAUUGCUCUCCAUCCAACCAUUAAGUCAGGAGUAGAUGCUUGGUUCAAUGAGCACAAACUAUACGACUACAAAGAAAACAACUGUAUGGCAUGUUUGCAUUACACACAAAUGGCUUGGGCCAAGACCACAGACAUUGGAUGUGGAGUUGCGAGUUGUCCAAGAUACGGUCUAUCAAUCGUGUGUAAUUAUGGUCCAGGUGGUAAUUGGAAUAAUGAGAAACCAUAUGAAGUGAAAUCACGUGGAUUGUGCCCGAAAAUGCAGAAUAUUCCUAAAGAUAGUUUUCAAAAGGCGCGUGAUGAUACACUGCGUGCACCAUUAUCAAUAGUGAAUGUCAACCACAAGUUGUCAUCGAUCGGUUCAAGUGAAGGUUUAGUUAACGAUCAACCCUCCACAGGUUCGCAAAGAACGUUGGAUGAGAAAAGCCUUGAAAUACUCGAACUGCAUAGGAAAUACAGACAGGAUUUAGUUGAUUGUAAAGUUGAUGGACAACCUCCAGCUAAAUAUAUGUCACCAUUGAAAUGGAAUUACAAUCUGGCUGCACAAGCACAAAAAUUGGCGAACAAAUGCAUCUUGCAACACGACAAACGUCAUUCGGAUGAAUUCUCUUGGGUUGGACAAAAUAUUGCUCUCCAUCCAACCAUUAAGUCAGGAGUAGAUGCUUGGUUCAAUGAGCACAAACUAUACGACUACAAAGAAAACAAGUGUAUGGCAUGUUUGCAUUACACACAAAUGGCUUGGGCCAAGACCACAGACAUUGGAUGUGGAGUUGCGAGUUGUCCAAGAUACGGUCUAUCAAUCGUGUGUAAUUAUGGUCCAGGUGGUAAUUGGAAUAAUGAGAAACCAUAUGAAGUGAAAUCACGUGGAUUGUGCCCGAAAAUGCAGAAUAUUCCUAAAGAUAGUUUUCAAAAGGCGCGUGAUAAUACACAGCGUGCACCAUUAUCAAUAGUGAAUGUCAACCACAAGUUGUCAACGACCGGUUCAAGUGGAAGUAGUGUUCACGACCAACGCAUACAAGGUCAACCUACUUCUAUAAAUAGUUUUGAAUAUCGUCAUCGUAAUACACAGCGUAAAUGGAUAUCUGGAAUGAAAGGUCUACACACGUUUUCAAAGGACGUUCUUGGUGGAGGUGGUCUUGCCUAUGCACAAGGACAACAUAAUUAUAGAAUAGUACGAUACUGAAAAUGAUUGAAUUUAUUCGGCAAAUAUAAUUGGUGCCUCCAUAUCUAUUACACAUAUCUGUUUUCAACUGUGUUUUCACUUCUGUAACCCAAAACCUUCUCUCAAUAUAUACUCAUUACUUACUUCCAUUGAUAUGCAGGACUAUUUUGUGUUGAUAUUACUCAACUAUCUGUAUGUGUGUAGCAAUUAGUCAUAACUUAUAACUUACAAUUGAAUAUAUUUC